UUUGCUAUUGCAGGGGUACAGUGGCUAGUGUAGCAGGGGUGAAUGUGUGAGAUCUGUGACACUUGUAACUAAUUAAGCGAUGCUUGAUGUUGAUAGGUGGGUAGAAAUCGUGCAACGAUGCAAGUAUUUGCCAGAAAAUGAUCUAAAGAAACUGUGUAGCAUUGUUUGCGAGCUGCUGUUGGAAGAAUGCAACAUUCAACCCGUCUCCUCACCAGUCACUGUGUGUGGGGACAUUCAUGGACAGUUUUAUGACCUUGAAGAAUUGUUCCGAACUGGGGGACCAAUUCCCGAUACGAGCUACAUAUUCAUGGGUGACUUCGUAGACCGAGGGUACUACAGCUUGGAAACAUUCACUCGUCUCCUGACCCUGAAGGCCAA